GAGAUGAUCCAAAUGCUCAAGCAAGAGCAGAUUGGAGAGGACCGGAAGUACCAAUGGUGCCAGGGGGAGAAGCGCAGCUCCGACGAGAAUGCGGCAACCUUGCGGCAAGCAUCAGAGGACCUCUCCAAGAUCAUGGACGAGGUGAAAGCCGACAGGCUGCAGGCUCAGCAGGAGGUGGCUGCUUUGAGGAAGACCAUUCAGGAUCUCGACGUGCAGAUGAGCGAGGCCCUCGCACAACGCCGGGCUGAGCACCGGGAGUACCAAGAGGCCCUCGAGACGACCCAGCGUGCGCUGGAGCUCUUGGAACGUGCGAAGGAGCGCUUGGCACGCUUCUAUGCCUCCGAGAAGGGCAAGAAGAGCUUAUUGGCGCAGCACCGUGCUUUGGCACGGGCAGUCUCGGGUUUGCAAGUGGCCAGUGAGAGUAGCUCCGUCCUGCCACAUGAGGGCUUCAACGCCUAUGAGAAACAACCGGGCGAUGUAGUACUGCGCAUGCUGGAAAAGAUCGUCGCUGACCUGGCCCAGGACAGCCAGGCCUCAGAGAAGCAAGAGAAAGACGCUCAGUCUGAGUAUGAGCGCAGUGCCAAGGAUGCUCAAGAAGCUCGAGAGGAAGCAACCCGGAGCUUGGCCGAGAAGAGUGGAGUCAAGGCGGGCUUAGAGAAGCGCGCUUUAGGCUUGCAGCUGAAGCAGCAAAGCAAUGUUGACAGCAAGGCCAAUGUGGAGAAGUAUUUGAAGGCCUUGCAGGAGGAUUGUGGGGAGCUGGUGAAGAAUUACCAGGCGCCGCGGCUUGCUCAGUCUCCCCAUGCAACGCAUUCAUACGCUGUCGGCUGCAGUGACCUGGUUUUCGCCAUGUCGGAGCCUGGUCUCCCUGAAGGGCAUGGGGCAGUGGCACCACGUGGGGUGGCCGUUUUCGUGGAGGGUGAGACAACAACCUACGGAGCGCCUGAACGUGUCGCCGAUGAGGCUGAAGAAGUGGAUGAUCCUGAAGAGGGUGAGACCGUGGCUGAGAGAGAAGAACGAGAGGAGCGCUAUCGGCAGCGGCUGAUUGAGUUGAUGCGGAAGAUGGAUUUAACCUCGCAGCAAAUCCAAAGAGUGACGCCGUGCCACAAUCUCCUGAGUUGCUUCGGGCGCAUUCUCCGCACGGCGCAAGUGCGCGAUUGGUAUCACCUCAGUAAACCUUCAGCCAAGAUCCAUCAGUUUAUUUCACAUUCGUGGCAUGGAUCACCGUGGAAGAAGAUCGCCAUGCUGCUGGUCUUGAAGAACGGCUUGGGAGCUGCCAUAGUCGGAAGUCUCCUAGCGUUGAUCAUGGUCCUCUUGAGCAGUCUCAACUUGCUGCCUGGCUAUCCUCGGCAGCCCUUGAUCGAGCCAGACAGGACCUACAUUUUUGCGCCAUGGGGCCUUGGUGUGGGGAUGCUGUCUGGUUCAAUUGUGCUCUUCUUCAGCGAAGCGCGUCAAUCUGUCUUUUUUGACAAGAUUUGCAUCCACCAGAAAGACGUGCGCUUAAAGUUUGAAGGUGUCAUCAACAUUUGCGCCUUCUUGAAGAACUCAGAAUCGUUGUUGGUCUUGUGGGAUGCCACAUAUGUGGAGAGGCUUUGGUGCGUCUUCGAGUUAGCUGCUUUCAUGAAAAGCAGCGAAGAUGGGGGGCGGAAGUUGAUCAUCAAGCCCACCAUCCUGGGUCCAAGUUCCAUUGCAUCCUGCAUCGGCUUAUUUGCCAUGCAGCUCUCACAGACUGCGGUUCCUUUCGAAAAUCGCCUUCACGGAUUUCUCCUGUGGUCGUUGGUUUGUUGCCUGGGCUUAUUCUCAGCUGUCUACGUUUGGAGGAGCUAUUACCGACAGAUUGACAAGAUGAAAUCUCAACUGCAACACUUUCGUAUCGACCAGACGAAAGCGCAUUGCUGCGAGCAGGGCCAUGUGGACCAGCAUGGCCGAAGGAUCCCUUGUGACAAGGAGACCAUCAGUGAAUGUAUCACGCACUGGUUUGGCUCAGUGGAAGCCUUUGAGAGAUCUGUACGAUCCAAUGUGGCUGUUGCAUUGACGCAAAGCUUGGGGAACCUGGUCUUUCCCUACAAGUACUUGCUGGCGGCCGGAGCACCUUCUCUAUGGGGUCAAGCAGACUUUAUCGCUUCGCGCUUGAGAGAGGAAGAGUAUUAUUAUGCUGCUGUGACGGCUUGCUUUGGCCUCUCCUAUUGGUUCGCUGCAAUUCCCUUCAUCUUUGCCUGCGGUGGUCUUCUGAACUACAAGCUACGGCACCGGUAUCAUCCUAUCCUGGACGCACUGAUGCCCUUCCUGGCCACUGCUUUCCUAGUCUUGGUGCCUGGAGGCAGCCUUUACGCAUUGCAGAUUGGACUGCUCGCAGUGCUUGACGAUCUGCUGGCUGCGGUUCUUUGGGCGACGAUCACAUCAUUUUUGGCCUUUUUUGCAUGGCGUGCGUGCUGGCGCGAACCCAUGCUUCGCUUGGACUAGACUAGACGGAAUGUCAAACCACUUAAAUAAAGCAUGUUAGCUAAUAAUCCCAAAAAGAAAAUUUGUAGAGGUUUCAUGGGACUUCCAG